UAUACACGUAUAAAUAAUUGGGCCGUAAUCUUCAAGUUGGGCUUUGCAUGGGCCCAGUUUAGUGGAGCCAACUUGUACUGGUAGGCCGAACUUCAAAUACACAACAAACCCUAAGAGCUCCCCCUCCCUAUGUGGCGGCCCGAAAACCCUAAGAAGGAGAGGAGGAGGAGAAGAAGAAGAGUCCAGUCAAAAUGAGUAAAGGAGGGAGCGCCGGCGCCAAGGGCGGGAAGAAGAAGGGAGUGAGCUUCGUCAUCGACUGCGCGAAGCCGGUGGAGGACAAGAUCAUGGACAUCGCCUCGCUCGAGAAGUUCCUUCAGGAGCGGAUCAAGGUCGACGGCAAGGCCGGCAACCUCGGCGAUUCCGUCACCGUCACCCGCGAAAAGUCCAAGAUCACCGUCACCUCCGACUCCAACUUCUCCAAGAGGUACCUCAAGUACUUGACGAAGAAGUAUCUGAAGAAGCACAACGUCCGGGAUUGGCUCCGGGUGAUCGCCUCCAACAAGGACCGCAGCGUCUACGAGCUUAGGUACUUCAACAUCGCGGAAGACGAGGGCCAGGAGGAAGACUAAGCUUUGUCGUCGUUUCGGUAUCUCGUACUUAAUUAAUGUUGUCAACGGUUCCGCCUUGCCCUUAGGUUUCGAUUUUGAGAUGAUGCUUUGUUUGGGAUUGGCUUUGGAUACCUUAAACAGUGUUAGUUUUGCCCCAAAUGUCACUAUUUCGGUUGAUUGCUGUUGGAUAAGGAUAUUUGCCCUUUAGUAUCACAUUUCUUUUCCUAUACUUCCUUCGA